AUGGAAGACCUGAUGGACGGCCAGCCCAUCAAGCGCAAGCUGUUCAGCAACAAGUCUCUGGGGAAUAUCAGGGCAGCUUUGCGUCGGGGAAACAACGAUCUAUUGAUCGAGGAGUCAUCGGGUAGCAGCCCCGACCUCAAGACGACGUUGGCGCGUCAGCGCUUCGCCAGGAUGGGGCUGGCACAGACGCUGUCGUCGGCAAGCUCGGGAGAUCUCAGCGAACUAAUACCAGCCCAGAGGGCCACAUCGGAGCCAAGGAUCCUGGGACAGCUGCAUAAGCAGCCCCUUAAUGUCCUCUACCCGUCCUUGGAUGGUCUCGAGCUGCUGCGCACCCUAGGUACGGGGUCAUUUGGGCGGGUGCGGCUGGUGCGGUGCCUGUCUACGGGGCAGUUCCUGGCGCUCAAGGCACUAAAGAAAGCGGACGUUGUUCGGCUGAACCAACAACGCCACAUCGCCAACGAGAAGGACAUCCUGGCCGCAAUUCACCACCCCUUCAUCGUCGAUUUGCACGCGGUGUACAGCGACGCGACACGCGUCUACAUGCUGAUGGGCUAUGUCCCCGGGGGCGAGCUAUUUAGUCACCUGCAGAAGUCGCCACGGCGACGGCUGCCGGCCCCGGCCGCGCGGUUUUACGCGGCCAGCGUGCUGCUGGCCCUCGAAUACCUGCACGAACGCCACAUCGUGUACAGGGACUUGAAGCCGGAGAAUAUUCUGCUGGACGCUGCCGGCUACAUCAAGUUGGCAGACUUUGGGUUCGCCAAGAUCCUCGAGGAGGACAGGACGUACACAAUGUGUGGCACACCGGAGUACAUAGCGCCGGAGGUGAUUCAGAUGUUGGGCCACACCGGGGCGGUGGACUAUUGGAGCCUGGGGGUUCUAAUCUAUGAAAUGCUGGCGGGUGCCCCUCCCUUCUUGGCUGCACAGGCCGCCGGGCAGCCGGGCAGCCGCGGUGCCACGCUGGACACCUACCGCAAGAUCAUCGGGGGGCAGCUCAACUUUCCUGCCCACAUCACCUUGCCAGCAAAAGAUCUGAUACGGCGGUUGCUGGCGGCUGACCCGGGCACGCGGCUGGGCAGCCUGUCGGGCGGAGCACAGGACAUCAAAGACCACCCCUUCUUCCAGGGACUCGAUUGGGACGCCCUGCUAAGACGCGAGCUGCCGGCGCCGAUAGUGCCGGAGGUCUUACGCGACGGGGACGCGUCAAACUUCGGCCUCUACUCGGAGUCGGUGGACGUUGAAGUGCCCGCCUCGCCGCACAGCGCCGAAGCCGCUGACAGCUUCUUCAGAGACUGGCUGCACUCCGCCGCAGAACAGGGCGCCGGCACAGGGUCAGGCUCACAGUGGCUUGGCGCAGAAGUGAGCCCAUCGUCCCAUCGGGCGCCGGUGGCAAACGGGCGCAAGAGCGAGCUGUCAUCCACAGAUGACAGCAGCCUAUUCAGGCUCUCCCCCGGGGGGCCCCCAUCGCCCCCCACCGCCGGGGGGUUCCCCCAGAGCUUUGCUGACCUCAGCAUCGACGAUGUGGCGUCCAGCUCAGCGCGGCCAUCGCUGCGCAGCAUGGCCUACGAGCAGCAGGUUGCCGCUAUGGGAAACCUGGCACUUAUCGCAUAUGGAGUGGCAUUCGUGGGUUCCUGCCUAAGCUGGGUGCUCCUACUGGCCGGCACCGGGGCAUUGUAUGGCGUCUGUCCGGAGGCGUGCCUGUACUACUUUGGGCUUUCGUGGUGGUCUGUCUGCUUCCAGUUCAUCAUUCUGCUCGCCAGCGUACCUGUCGGGGCGUUGGGAGCAAAAUCGUGGAAGAGUGCAGUUCUGGCGCUGCUGGCAGCAAACACUGCAGUGGUUAUGAAGCAGGCGGAUGGAUAUUUAUCGCUGAAGGAGACAGACCCUUACUACAGCAGCUUCCCAGACCGCAUCAACACCACCAUCACAGGUUUCACACUGGUGUCCAUCUUCAACGUCAUGCUGAUUCUGGCGAUCGGGGCGGUCGAUGAAGAAUGCACAAAGAUCUCCGCACCUCAGCACUCAGCAUACUCCAACUCUGAGCCUGCAGCCUACCCGCGGGCAGGGCCCUGAAAGGGCAUGUUUUGUGUUGAAAAUAGCUGCUUUCCACGCUUUAUCAGGGGAGUAAUCUAGAAGGACUUCUUCUAAUUUGCUCCCCCUGGGUACAGCCAGUAAUAAUUGAACUGUAAUUCACUGCACAUGAGAGUGGAAGGGCCACUUGUUGUGACCAGUAAUUGCAGCUGACGUUGCUGCUUGCUUUGGGUCUGGUGAUGAGUCUCUUGAGAUACUGGGUGUUGGCAUUUGAAUGUUAGGGAAUAUUGAAUGCAACCAAGAUGCACAUGGGACAAAAUAAGGCGUCGUUGAAAUAAGGAGCUAUAUCUUUUGUUCAAGAUUGCAGGCUAGGGGUGAUUGCCUGCCUUGCAGGGUUAGUCAUGAAGGCCAGCUUUGCAAGGGAAAGGGGCAUGUACUGCAUUGUGUAGCAUGCACAUGCAAGUGCCAUAUCCGCGCUCAGUUGCUCUGAUCUUAUCAGCACUGUGUCAAGCAUGAUAGUCAGUCCAGAGUAUGUAGGAGUACUGUCUGCGUGAAGAAUUCUGUGUUUAUCUCAAUGACGGCUGAAAGUGAGCCUGAAAGCAUGCCGCUUGACACUGAUUGACUUGAACAAUGACUCUGCACUUGCAGAAUGAUGGUGAGGAUGAGAGUGGCAUAGCAAUUAAUUACGUUGCAAUUUGUACAAACGUACAAACGUGUAAUAAUAAUAAUAAUAA